AUGGAUCCCGACGAAACGGGAGAUUUCGACCUCUACGAAGGACUCGAAAACUUCGAGGAUUCUUCACAAUCAGGACCUGAUUACACCGCACCUAAAGAUGAAUUAUAUGAGAAAGAAGAGUCGUCUGCUGAGGAUGAUGAUUUACAGCUUGUGGUUAAUGAUGAUGACUUGGAUUCAAAGGCCGUCCCAGCCCAGGCACAAACUGCCCCUAAAAAAACAACGAAACAUCCAUUAUUUAAUAGAAAACAUCGCAGUUUUUAUGUUGGUGCUCCUACGUCUGGAGAGGUAUCGAGAUUACCAAUGGGUAACAUAGAGUUUUUUGUAUUGGUUAAGAAUUUACCAGCCUGGAUAGAUAAUUCGGGACUUAGAACAUAUGUUGAGGGGAUUACAGAUGGCGUGGUUUACUGCAAGGUCUUGUACAACUUCUACAGCGGAUCUCCUCUGGGUGUUGGUUUUGUUGAGUUUUCACAAAUUUCAUCUUGCACCGCUUUUUUGAACCAUAAAUCUCAGAUAGGUUCAGAACCCAUGACUGUUGACGUUUUUUCUCAGCUUAAAGGUUGUGAAAGGUACAGGGAAGGCAUAGUUUCAGAACCAUUCACCAAGUCAGUUUGUCGUCAUUUCUCACAGCCAUAUUCGAACACUAACUUUAAUGCAAUUUCACAACAGGAUUUGGUGGAAAUUGAGUUUGAACGUCAACAAGAAGAACUUGCCAAGAGUGGGGAGUAUGAUCUCGUCUCAAAAACUUUUCCAUGGUUCAACUUGGACCUGGUUUCAAUCAUGGGCAACACGAAACGACUUUCCUCAAAUGACUCUCAACCAGACCCCAGUAAUCACCUAAAGGCCUUUUCUAAACACACUAAACUAGAUCCAUUUGCCAAGAAACUCACACUCCUCAAUCUUAACCCAAUGGUACUACCAAACAUUCCGCCACCCUCAUUACCACACAAUAUACCACCUCUACCACUCAAUAAACCACCAUUAACACAUAACAUACCACUAUCCCAGAGUGUGUUGGGUAUGGGUAAGAAUCCGGAUAAGAGGUCCCCUUCUCAGAAAACAAGUAAAACAUCAGUUAACUCAAGUGUUUUAUCAGAAAUCCCCAAGGAUAAACAGAAGGAUAGAAACAAGUAUGAAAAGGCUGAGGAAAGACUAAAGAAAAGGAAGACAAAGGAUAGAGACCAGUUGAGGGAAAAGUCUAGAAAUCGCAGUAGAAGCAGAGAAAGGUCAAAGCAGUCUAAACACAAAUCUCCUGAUAGAGCUUCAAGCAGGAAAUCGACCAUAAAACGAAGAUGA